UUCUUCAAUUUGCAUCAUCUUUUCUGGACGGACGGACGACGUGCGGUCGGUCGCGUAUCGAAUGUUGUGUGGAAUUUUUGCAAGUUUUCGAAUUUAGCAGCAAAAAAUGAAUGUUUAGUAGGGUAAUUCGGUAGUUUAGCAUACGAAAGUAUUUUACCAGUGAUCAUCUCAAGUGGGAUAGUUGGUUUUCGUAAAUUUCAGCAAUGCAGCGAGCGAGUAGAGCGGGGCGAAUAGCCCUCCUGUAUCGACCAGCAGCGGUCCAGCUGAAUUCCCGGUUGGAAAAUGCGGCACUCCAAUGUUCAGCGUGCUAUUCGACGCGCCGACCGGGGUUCUUCUCGCAGGUUUUCGAUAAUAUCAAAUCCGAAAUGGAGAAGAACAAGGAAAUGAAGGAAAAUUUGAAGAAGUUCCGAGAGGAAGCGCAAAAGCUGGAAGAAUCGGAUGCCCUGAAAGCGGCGCGACAAAAAUUCAACACUGUCGAAUCGGAAGCCUCCAAGAGCAGUGAGGUGCUGAAGGAUAACUUGGACAAGAUCCGGGGGAAAGUUACGGAAGUGCUGGAUGAAGCUUCCAAGACCGAUAUUGCCAAGAAGGCAGGAAAGAUUGGUGAGGAAUUGGGAAAAACAGCCCGCGGGAUGGGUGAAACGAUAGCCGAAAGGGGACAAGAACUGGGUAAGUCCGGCGCCUUCAAAGGAAUCUCCGAGGCCACGAAAGCGGUUAGGAAGGAAAUCGAUAGCCAAGGUAUCUCGUCUCGCGUGUAUCGUGCUCCGGAAACACUAAGGAAACGGGUCGAAAUCAGUAUGGCCGAUGCAACUCGAGUCUUUGAAGCCAACACCGAAGCACUUGGCGUGGAAUUACACAAAGACAGCAAAUUUUAUCAGAGCUGGGAAAACUUCAAAAACAACAAUACCUACGUGAACAAAGUCCUCUCAUGGAAAAUGCAAUACGACGAAUCGGAAAAUCCCGUCAUUCGAGCCUCCCGGUUACUUACGGACAAAGUCAGCGACGUGAUGGGAAAUCUCUUUUCCAAAACCGAACUUUCAGAAACUCUUACAGAAAUUUGCAAGAUCGACCCCAACUUCGACCAGAAGCAGUUUCUCAGGGAUUGCGAGAACGACAUCAUUCCGAACAUCCUGGAAGCGAUGAUCCGCGGCGAUUUGGAUAUCCUUAAAGACUGGUGUUUCGAAAGCACGUACAACAUCAUCGCGACGCCGAUCGCCCAGGCGCAAAAAAUCGGCUACUAUCUCGAUUCCAAGGUGCUGGACAUCGAAAACGUCGACCUGGCGAUGGGCAAAGUAAUGGAACAGGGCCCGGUGCUGAUCGUCACCUUCCAGACGCAGCAGAUCAUGUGCGUGCGGGACAGCAAGGGCAACGUCGUCGAGGGCGAUCCGGAAAAAGUGAUGCGAUGCAACUAUGUGUGGGUCCUGUGUCGGGAUCCGAACGAUUUGAAUCCGAAGUCGGCGUGGCGGUUAAUGGAACUGCAGGCCAACAGUACCGAACAGUUUGUGUAGAAAAGUUGCCUCUGCCCCGAUAUAGAGGCGGCGACAGCGGAAAGAAAAUCACGCGGACGGUUGUUCCUUAGGUUAGUCCGCGGGCGUUUGCAAAUCGAAACAAGCUGACACGAGCCCGACGACGCGCUCUAGACUGGUUUACGUUGUUUUUAGUCGCGAGCAACUCAACGAGCGAGCGGCAGGAUGGUGGCGAUUUCGAGCGAUGAGGGGUCUAACAUAAAUAUGUUGAUUAAGUAUAUUUUUAGUUGCUAAGUUUUAGAAAAGAGCCGUAGGCAUAAAACCGGAGCAUUAAUGCAAAAUUAUGCGACUAGUGCGCGGAAUGAUGUGUCGUGCAAAUAACAAGAAUCACCUCCCAACAGUUUAAAAAUAUGAAAUAA